AUGUCAUACAACCCAUACGCAUAUGCGCCUGAUAAUGGCCAACCGGUGACUGAUAGAUUUGCACAACACCCUCAGGCUCAGCAACAAACCAAUGAAUUGCCAAAACAGCCAAGUCCAGGAAACAAUUUCAAAUUACAUGAUCCAAGAAACACAAUGGCUUUCCAAUUAGGUCAGUCGGCAUUUUCGAAUUUCAUAGGUCAGGAAAAUUUCAAUCAAUUCCAAGAGACUGUGAUGAAUAGGGCAAAUACUUCUAUGAUUUCUCACUAUUUUCAAGUUUCCACAUCUUACGUUUUAACCAAGAUGAAACUGAUUUUAAUUCCAUUUCUAAACAAGAACAAUUGGGCUCGUAUCAUGAACGGCAACGGUAGCUUCCUGACACCAGUAGAAGAUGCUAAUUCCCCUGAUCUUUACAUUCCAAUUAUGGGGUUAAUCACAUACAUCUUAAUCUGGAACAUUAAGGAAGGUUUGAAUGGAUCUUUUAACCCUGAAAAUCUAUACUAUAAAUUAUCAUCUACCUUGGCAUUUGUCACUUUGGAUUUAAUAAUCCUGAAAAUUGGAUUAUAUUUAUUAGUCAAUACCAAUUCUCCAGUCACAAGCAUCUUAGAAUUGACAUGUUAUGUAGGUUACAAAUUCAUCCCACUGAGUAUUGUCUUAUUGUGCCCUGUCGAUCCAAAAUGGGUUGUGCUCAUCGCUAAGAUGUAUUUAUUCAUAUCAUUAGGUGUUUUCCUGCUUAGAUCUAUCAAAUUCAAUCUAUUCAUUGGUGACAACAAUGAUAUCAAUACAGUGAGUAAAUCAGUAGUGAAAAAAUGUAACUAUUUUCUAUUUGUAUACGGAUUCUUCUGGCAAAGUAUAUUAAUGUGGUUGAUGGGAUAG